GAUCGCCGGUUAUAAACGAAGCCAUCUUGUUUCCAUUUGACAUUAAAAAGUUAGCGUUGGAAGGUGCAGUGCUUGUUGAAAAUUGAUGUUUGGUGCUUUAUUUGACGUUAACAUAUCAAAAUGUGGAAUGAAGAUGUGUGUAGACUAUGUUUAUCUAAUAAAGAACUUGUUUGUGUAUUUGAAAACCAGAAGAAUCAGGUUAAUAAUUUAAAGCAAAUCGUGUUUGUUACUACUGGAGUUGAGAUUCUCAAAGAGGAGGAAAUUUCCCGAAAACUAUGCGGACACUGUCGUAGGGUCAUUUUAAAAAUGUACGAAUUUAGAAACAAAGCGUGCAAUACGGACAAAUACCUUAAGGAACAGUAUGCUAAUUAUUUGAGAAUGAAACGGAGGAAUUACUCGGAAAUUCUCCAUAAAAAAUCGAUCAAAACGAAAAUCGAAAGCGUCCAUCCGACGGUUUCUGAAGUCUAUUCUUCCUUCCCCGAUAUCAAACUACCUCACAACGUUUUGUCUUCGGAUAUUUGUCCCUCGGUUUGUAUGGAAUUAGGCGCCGUUGAGAAUUAUUUCGCCAGCAACAACCUGGAUAUGAACAAAUCGGUACGAAUGGCGGUGAAAUCGAUGAGAAUGUUCGAGAAAAACAACCUCGAAACGAAAAAAGCACCCAAACGCCAAAUUAGAGAGAACCCCAAAAUCCGAACUAAAAAACCGAAAAUCUCGCCGGACAACACGCCGAUUCCGACUCUAAUGGAUACCCUCCAGCUCCAGCCUAAAAUUAACGCUGGCCAAGGUUCCAAAACGGUCCGAGAUUCACCCGAAACUCCAAAAAACCACACGGAGGAACAUCCGCGUUGUGAAUUCUGUAAAAAGGAAUUCAAAUUACAAAACAAACGGGACCAUGAAAAAAGUUGCGUGAUUAAACAUAUUUUGACUAAUAAAACCUACGUGCGGUUGGAAAUUAUCGAUUUGGAUGAAGAAAGCGGUAAAAAACAAUCGAUUGUUGGUCGUCUGAAUCAUUCGAAAUCUAUGGAAAAAUCGAAUGGUGGCGAUUUAUUAUCGAUUGUUGAUCGAAAUAAAUCGAAAUCUAUGGAAAAAUCGAAAAGUGGCGAUUUAUUAUCGAUUGUUGGUCAAAACAAUUCAAAAUCUAUGGAAAAAUCGAAAGUUGGCGAUUUAUUAUCGAUUGUUGAUCGAAAUAAAUCGAAAGGUGACGAAUUAUUAUCGAUUUUUGACGAAAAUUAUUCAAAAUCGAUGGAAAAAUCGAAAGUUGACGAUUCAUUAUCGAUUGUUGGUCAAAAUAAUUCAAAAUCUAUGGAAAAAUCGAAAGGUGACGAUUUAAUAUCGACUUUUGAUCCAAAUAAAUCGAAAGGUGCCGAAUUAUCACCGAUUCUUGAUCAAAACAAUUCGAAAUCGGUAGAAACUCCCAAAGGUGGCGAUUUAUUAUCGAUUCUUUGCCAAAACAAUUCGAAAUCGAUGGCAACUUCGAAAUGUAACCAUUUUUUAUCGAUUCUUGGUGAAAAUAGUUCAAAAACUAUCGAAACUUCGAAAAGUAACGAUUCAUCAUCGAUUUUUGAUCGAAUUAAUUCAAAAUAUAUUGAAGCAUCCAAAAAUAACGAUUCAUUAUCGAUUCCUAAUCAAACUAAAUCGAAAUCUAUAAAAACAUGGAAAGAUGACAAUUUAUCAUCGAUUGUUGGUGAAAUUCAUUCGAAAUCAAUCGAAACAUCGAAACAUAACGAUUCUUCGUUAAUUGCUGGUCGAAUUUCUUCGAAACCGACAGAUUUAUCAUCGAUUGUUGGUCAAAAACAUUCGAAAUGCAAAAAGGCAUCGAAAGAUCGCCAAAAUCAUUCGAAAUGUUCAGAAAAAUCGGAAGAUGUUGAUUUAUUAUGUACGGAAAGGAUCGGAUUGUCCGAUGAAGAAGACAAAUCGGGUACCAGCACCAAAACCAAAGCCGUUCCGAGUAGUAAACCAAACCCCGAACCCCCCAAAAAAUCGGUUAUAAUCCAUUCGAAUGUAGCGGUAAAUUUGAACGUCGAAUCAUUCAUUACGUCAUCAUUAGUCCGACCCGAUCUGAGAAUAACCGACGACAACGUUUUGAAUUACGACAAAAUGCCCGCCAACGAUAUGGAGCAAUUCAAACAAUUGUUGAAAAAUAACGUCGAUAACAUAAAAAUAUUGGUCGAAAACCGAACCCAAAUAGAGAACCCCGACAAUAAAACCAUAGUUAAAAAUGCCUCGGGGACACUGGCUCGCUUUAAAGGCUUAAAGUCGACUUUGUACUCGUACAGAAUACCAGUUUAUAUAACAAACGGCGACUUCAACGUCGAAUUCACCGAAACCGUUAAAAAUAUCGAAACUUCCAAUAAAUUUUGGUCCGAUUUGAAACCGAUCGGUUUGAUUCAAAGUGAUAGACACACGGGAAUUCAACCAGCGCAAUUUUUGGACCCGAAAUCGAAAUCUAUCGACGAUUUGUCGAGUUCGAGUAGCGAAUCGAAAUCGAGACAAAUCGAUUCCGAAAACUCUUCGGAUAAUAUUUUGACAGUCGACAGUUCGAAAAGUGUCAAGACUGAUUCAAAUUGUUCGGAAAAAACGUACAAACCCGUGAUUAGAGUUAAAGACAUCAGUAAUUUGAGAUAAUUUAAUAUUAAUUUUCUAAAAUUGUACCCACCCCUUAUGCCAAAAACGAUCACGAAUAUUUUGGUAUUAUCCCACAACAUAACUAACCCCAUUUUUUAAAUUCUCUUUUUUGAAUAUUUUUUUCGAUGUCUGUAUUUUCGCUGUGUCGUCGUUCCAGUUUCUAUUUGGUAACGACAACAAUUUUAUUGUUGAAACAAAAUAGAGUUGGUACGAUAUCACUGGGUAAGGAAGUGAUUCUUUGAAUUUGUCCAUUGUCCACUGGGGUUAUAAGCGAGGUUUCUGGAAGUAUGACGAUGCAAGAGACCGAUACAUCAAAGUGAACUUAUGCAAAUGUGUAAAAUAAAUCUGCUUGUCUAAUUUUUAUACUUUAAAUUAAUUUUCUGACCUAACCAUCCCUGGUCGUAGAUAAAAUAUAGUAUUCAACAAUAUUCUCGCACGCUAGUCUGAUUUUGUUGCAAAUAAUCCAACUGUUAUAUUUGCUAGAUAAAAAUAAAAGAAAUCAGGUUCAUAUUUAUUGAGUAAACCUCGUAUAACUUUAAAUUCAUUUUAUGACUAGAGGUCACUAGAUUUUGAUAACCUAUUCAUGUAUAAAUAUGUAGUUCGUUUUUGUAUUUAUUUCUGGAUAAAAUAAUAAGACUUGAAUAGAA